AUGGCGCUCUCCUCCCUCGCCGAUGCGCCAUCGCUCUCCAGAUCGUCCGAAUCGGGCCUUCCGCCGCUUGGACGAUCCUGGUCCCGUGCUCGUCACGACGACAGAUCGAUAGACGCGCUUUUUGAUGAAGGUCUGGUAGGGAUUGACGAGGAAAGUCCAUUGGAAUUGCCAGUGUCCACAAAGACGUCGAGUGUUACUGAAAGUACACGCACUGAUUCAGCUCAAGGCAGCCACUCUGUGAGCUCGUUUACUGUCAAAAAAGAUGAUGCUGAGAAACAGUGCUCCACUCCAACCAUGUUUCCCAGCGUGAAUCCCACUUUGAGCUCUCCGACAGAAGAAUGCAAGCCAGAGACACCACCGGAUGAGUAAGAUGGAGACUCAAACACUUCAUCCAGCGAAAAGCAUUCGAAAAUCGACACUCCUCGUUUGAUUUACAUUUUCGACAGGGAAAUCUUCAAG